AUGCACGCCGUGCACGUGACACUCGUCAAGGCCGUCGAUCUGCCAUCCGCUGACUUUAACGGCAAAAGCGAUCCGUAUGUGAUUUUCCAACUCGCUAAUACGAUGCGUAAAAGCUCUGUAAUCCAAGCCAACCUCAAUCCAGAGUGGGAUCCUGAAGAGACUUUUUCAUUCAUCGCCGAGGAUAUUCAAUCGGCUGUGCUGGAUGUCAAAGUGUUUGAUCAUGAUCGCAUUUCAAAGGACGACAUUAUUGGCUCUUGUCAAGUGCCACUUAAUACUUUACAUGAGAAACCAGAGUCUGAAGUGCUUAUGUACCAACUUGAGGUGCCCUCGGCUUUUGCUAAGCAGAAGCGUAAAAGCGCUAUUAUGCUCGAAAUUAAGCUCGAAAAGGAAGACUAG